AAACCUAACUCGAAAAUCCAUGUACACCCAAUCAGCUCCAACAUAUCUUAUCAGAGAGAGCAACACAAAUCCACACAAAAAUCAUUGCAUAACGUGAGUCCCGUUCAAUCCACACAAAAUUAAAUAAAAUAUAGGUACACCCACGAUAUCUUUACAUGCAGAACGAUUUCAUUUUUUCAGUUUAUUUUUGUCUUGUUAUAUAAGCAGCUUAAAUCAAAUGAAAUUAGUCCUUUUUGUGCUCUGAAACAAAGCUUCAGAGAAUUUUGAAGAUGGCAGCACUGGCAUUAACCUCUGUACCUUCCAGAGCAGGAGGCAGUGGGUUUCAUAACAUUUUAGAAGCAAAGGGUCUCAAAAUAAGACACGUAAGUGCAAAUGUCAAUAGAUUUUCAUUCAGAAUUCCGAACGAGCUGCAACUAAAGUGCCAUAAAACCUGCCAACUACAGCCUUUACAUGACAAGACUAGUUAUAGAUAUGCAUGGAGGAGGCCACACAAAAAUAGAAUGUUGGUGUUUGCCUAUUCUGCUAAAGAGGAGAAUUCUGAGGCAAGAAAUCUGUUAACUGAUGUGGUGGUGAAAAAAUCAAGGCCACUGUCAUCUCUAUUGGAUAGAAAAUGGAGUUCUGCAGACAUGGCUACAGCAGUGGUUGUAUUUGGAAUGCAUGCACUGUGCUUGUUGGCACCUUUUACUUUCACUUGGAAGGCCUUUGGAGUAUUUGUGAUGCUUUAUGUUAUCACUGGACUGUUGGGUAUCACACUCUCAUAUCAUAGGAAUCUCUCUCACAGAAGCUUCAAGCUUCCCAAAUGGCUGGAGUACAUCUUUGCCUACUGUGGUGCACAGGCAGUACAGGGUGAUCCAUUGGAUUGGGUAAGCACGCAUCGGUAUCAUCACCAGUACUGUGAUUCUGUGAAGGACCCACACAGCCCAAAUGAAGGAUUUUGGUUCAGUCACAUGAGCUGGAUGUUCGAUGAAAAAUCUAUGACUAACAGAAUUGGGGAACGAAACAAUGUUUCUGAUCUAGAGAAGCAGCCAUUUUAUAAAUUUUUGCGUAGUACAUACAUUAUUCAUCCUAUUGCAUUGGCAUUGUCCCUGUAUGCCCUUGGAGGUCUUCCUUUUCUAGUUUGGGGGAUGGCUGUGCGGGUAGUUUGGGUAUAUCAUAUAACCUGGCUUGUGAACUCAGCUUGUCAUGUCUGGGGCUAUCAGUCAUGGAAUACAGGGGAUCUUUCCAGGAACAAUUGGUGGGUUGCUGCACUAGCCUUUGGUGAGGGAUGGCACAACAACCAUCAUGCCUUUGAGUUUUCUGCUCAGCAUGGUCUUGAAUGGUGGCAACUUGAUAUAACAUGGUAUGUUAUACAGAUCUUAGAAGCUGUUGGACUGGCAAAAGAUAUCCGUCUGCCUUCCAAGCAACACAAGGCAAGAAUGUCGUUCUAACCUGGGGUGUAGGGCAUAUUCAUUCAUAUUUCAUACAAAAUGGAUUGCAGGGCUUCUUCAUAUUCUUGUGAAAGUUGUUAUAUACUCUAGAAGUUACCAAGUUAUCACACCCAGCUCAAAAUUUUGUACUGAGAGAAGUAGAAUAUGUGUACUGUCCGUUUCAAUUCCCUAUGGGCUAUAUUUCUGUCAGGCAGCUUUUUGUUUCCUCUAUUUUGACACACACAAACAUUUUCUUGAGGUGAGCGUUAUAUGGUUGACGAGAUAAUGUAAUAUCCACAAAAUGCCUCCUGAUAUGGGCUUGAAGAAAUAUCUCCAGAAGAUAUCAGCCAAGGACUGAGUGAAGCAGUCAAGGGCCUAAUGCCUUCAAAUUUGUCCAAUUCAAUUUGUUUCUUUUAACAGUUUAAUGUCACUUAUGCCAUGAAUGAAAGAAGCUUCACGAUGAAA